AUGAAUCGUGCUCGCACACCAAGCGCUACGAGUUUUUUCGACAAUAUUCAACGCACCUUCACCAGUCUUGAUGACAAAUUGGAGAAGAGCGUUCAGGAACACUUGCGUAAUGUUUAUGCAACUGUGGCAGCCGGCGUUGGAGCGGCAGCUAUUGGCGCAGCGGUCCAUAUUUUCACAAAUGUCCUCAGGGCAAAUUUCCUCUUAUCUUUGGCAUCGAUCGGUUUGAUGUUCGCCCUCAUAUCGACUCCACACACUCGAGCAAAUGAGAAAAAGAGACUGGCAUUCUUCUUCCUGUUUUGCGGCAUUUCUGGUGUGAGCAUGGGACCUCUUUUGGAGCGUGUGAUUGCGAUAGAUCCAUCAUGUGUGCUGACAGCCUUGUUGGCGACGACUACAGUGUUCGGAUGCUUCUCUCUGUUGUGCUUGACAGCCUUGUUGGCGACGACUACAGUGUUCGGAUGCUUCUCUCUUGUUGCUCUUCAUGCUCCAUCAACGAAGUACAUACAUAUGGGAGGUACUCUAGCUUCUGCUGCACUGUGCCUACUGUUCGCCACAUUCUUUGCGUCAUACUACGUCAUCAUCCUUGGAGGGCUCGCUUUGUCGUGCGCAUUUGUGGUUUAUGAUACUCAAUUGAUCGCGGAGAAAUCUCGCCGUGGAGACGAUGACUACAUCUGGCACUCAGUGGAGCUGUUCAUCGAUUUCGCCAACAUUUUCAGGGCAAAUUUCCUCUUAUCUUUGGCCUCGAUCGGUUUGAUGUUCGCCCUCAUAUCGACUCCACACACUCGAGCAAAUGAGAAAAAGAGACUGGCAUUCUUCUUCCUGUUUUGCGGCAUUUCUGGUGUGAGCAUGGGACCUCUUUUGGAGCGUGUGAUUGCGAUAGAUCCAUCAUGUGUGUUGACAGCCUUGUUGGCGACGACUACAGUGUUCGGAUGCUUCUCUCUUGUUGCUCUUCAUGCUCCAUCAACGAAGUACAUACAUAUGGGAGGUACUCUAGCUUCUGCUGCACUGUGCCUACUGUUCGCCACAUUCUUUGCGUCAUACUACGUCAUCAUCCUUGGAGGGCUCGCUUUGUCGUGCGCAUUUGUGGUUUAUGAUACUCAAUUGAUCGCGGAGAAAUCUCGCCGUGGAGACGAUGACUACAUCUGGCACUCAGUGGAGCUGUUCAUCGAUUUUGCCAACAUUUUCAGAUAUCUUGUCGUUCUUCUGGCCGAUAAGAAGGAGAGAGAUAACAGAAAGAGAAGGGAUUAA